UACAGAGCUUGGGUUCGCGUUUCAAAUUUCAAAAAUUCAAAGCCCUCCCUUUCACUCUCUCCUCUGAAUGAUCAUUUUCCCUCGCUGGUAGAAGAAUCUCUCUCUCUCUCUCUCUCUCUCUCUCUCUCUCUCUCUCUCUGCUACGCUUCAUUCUCCACACUUCUCAUGGGUGUGAAGAAUUUGUGGGAUGUUCUCGAAUCAUGCAAGAAAACGGUUCCCCUUCACCUUCUCCAGAACAAGCGCGUGUGCGUGGAUCUUUCGUGCUGGAUGGUGCAGCUUCAUAAUGUCAGCAAGUCGCACGCGUGUGUGAAGGAGAAAGUGCAUCUCAGGGGACUCUUUCAUCGACUCAGAGCACUCAUUGCGUUGAAUUGCAGUGUGGUCCUCGUUGCAGAUGGAUCAAUUCCAGCCAUUAAAUUAUCAACUUAUAGGCGUCGCUUAAAUGUUGGAAAGGAGGUAAUGCAAGAUGAAACUAACUUACCAAAAGUGACAUCAUUACGGAGAAACAUGGGGUCUGAGUUUUCUUGCAUGAUAAAAGAGGCUAAAGCCUUGGGGAUGGCUCUUGGCAUAUCUUGUUUGAAUGGGAUUGAAGAAGCUGAAGCUCAGUGUGCUUUGUUGAACCUUGAAUUAUUAUGUGAUGGAUGUUUCAGUUUAGAUUCAGACAUAUUCCUCUUUGGUGCAAGAACGGUGUAUAGGGAUAUCUGCCUUGGAGAUGGUGGAUAUGCGGUUUGUUAUGAGAUGGCUGACAUUGAAAGAAAACUUGGAUUUGGAAGGGACUCAUUGAUUGCUCUCUCCUUACUUCUUGGCAGCGACUAUUAUCAAGGAGUUCAUGGUUUGGGUCCGGAGUCAGCUUGUCAGAUUGUCAAAUCAAUUGGGGAUGAAUUUAUUCUUAAAAAAAUUGCAUCAGAAGGACUUGGAUGGGUAAAAAAGAGAAGAGGAGGAGGGAAUAAUUUACAUCGGGAUGAGAAGGUUUUAGAAGUGAUUAAUGCUUAUAUGAAACCAAAAUGCCACUCAGCAGAUUCAGAUGUUGUGCACAGGGCUCUUGCUAACUAUCCUUUUCAACGUAUUCAACUCCAGCAGAUAUGUGCUGAAUUCUUUGAAUGGCCUUCAGAUAGAACAGAUGGGUAUAUCCUUCCAAGUAUAGCUGAAAGAGAUUUACGAAGAUUUGCAAAUCUGCGAUUAACUUCAUCUGAUCUUGGCUUGAACCUCCCUUUACAUGAGAUCCCUGUGAAGUGUCCUGUGUCAGAAAUCGUUAAGAGCCGAAAAGUUCAAGGGAAAGAAUGCUAUGAGGUUACCUGGAAAGACAUGGAUGGACUUGAAACUUCAAUAGUACCGGCAGAUCUUAUAGAAAGUGCCUGUCCUGAGAAGAUUUUAGAGUUUGAGGAGAAAAAAGCUCAACGGAAGAAGCAAAAUAUCAAGAACAGAAGAUCAAAGAAAAAGGAAACUUCAGCUUCUGUUGCGGAGCUUGAUCUAAAGCUGCAGAAUUUGUUGCUAGAUAUCAAUUCGGGAGACCAAGCCAACCUCAAUGCCUCUAAUUCUUCUGGAAGCAUAUCAGGAGUUACCACUUCUAUGGCUGAACCUGAUCUGGAUACUGCAGAUUUUUACCUAUCACAUGACUUAGAACACUGUGAAUUAUCAGUUCAGAAUAUCAGCAACAAAUCUAGCAAUGAAGCUGUUUCCAGUAUUAAUAAAAGUGAGAUCAUAGAUCUUCUCAGCCCUUCUCCCCCUAAGGCUAAGCAAUCAUCCCUAACCUCCUUAAAAUGUGAACAGUCAAGUGACAAACGUAUGGAAGUGAUUAACUUGAGUGAUUCAGAGAAUGAUAUGUCACCUGAACACAAGGAGAAAGCAAAAGAGCUGAGAUUGUUCUUAGCAAGUAUUAGAAAUGAAAUCCAUUGAACAA